AUGUCUAUUGUCAAGGUCACACUCGUCGGGGCGACUGGCAGCCUGGGGGCGCCCAUUCUCGAUGCCAUGGUCGCCGAAGGCAGCUUCCAGAUCACUGUCCUCCAGCGCGCUUCCUCCAAGUCCAAGCCUGGACACCUCGAUAGGAUCCGCACCGAGACCAUAUCCGAUGGUCUCCCAAUAGACGAGCUCACAGACAAGCUCCGAGGCCAGGACGCCGUGGUCGUCUGUUACAGGGCAAAGGACUCGUCGGAGCAGGUCAAGUUCGGCGAGGCAGCUGCCGCUGCCGGUGUCAAGAGGCUCAUCCCCGCCGACUUCGGAAGCUGCGACAGCAGCGGCAAGAGGGAGCGAGAGCUGGUCAAGCUCUUUGACUACAAGCAAAAGAUUCGCGAGGACCUCCUCAGGCUGGCCGAGAAACACCCCGGCUUCAGCUGGACGAGCCUGGUCAACGGGCACUUCUUCGACUGGGGCCUGCGCGAGAACUUCCUCCACUUCAACCUGGACAGCAGGAGGGCCGAGAUCGUCGACGACGGGAACACCAAGAGCUCCCAGGCCACGCUGGCUCAGAUCGCCCGGGCGACGGUGAAGAUCCUGCAGCGGCCCGAGGAGACCAAGAAUAAGAUGCUGUUCAUCCAGAGCUUCUGUGUCAGCCAGAACGAGGUCCUCAGGUCUCUGGAGAAGGCGAUGGGUGUCAAGUGGGAGGUUGAAUAUGUCGACUCUGAAAAGUUCAUCCGCGAGAAGAAGGCUUUGGCCGACCAAGGCAACAAAGAUGCGAUUGAGGAUUUGGUUUUCGUCUUGGGGGCGAUCAAUGGUAACUGGGAGCAGAAGCCUGACUUCGCGAUGGAUCUUCUCGGGCUUCAAAAUGAGGAUCUUGAUACCAUAGUCCAGCAGGUUGUAGACGAGAGGGCAAGAAAGUAG